AUGAAUUUCACGAUAUUUGGUGCAGCCAAACAGAAUGGGAGUGCCACAGAUCAGGACUUCAGUUCUUUCAUAAUUGCUGGAGCAUCUGGUUCUACUGUUGGUAGUCCUGAACUGAGGGAAAAAGCUGCAAAGAUUAUACAUUCCUUGUUACACGGUGCCAUGAUUUUGUGCUUUGAAAUUUUUGUUCAGAUUGAGACGGAGAAACUCCUAGCGCAGUUGGUAGAGAAUGAGAUGAACAAGAGAUUGAAAGAAGGUACUUACAAAGGAAAGAAAUUCAAUGCUAUCUGCCACUUCUUUGGUUAUCAGGCCCGGGGUUCUUUACCAUUGAAGUUUGACUGUGAAUAUGCCUAUGUUCUUGGGCACAUCUGCUAUCACAUUCUAGCUGCUGGUUUGAAUGGAUACAUGGCAACUGUGACCAACCUGAAAAAUCCCGUGAACAAGUGGCGAUGUGGUGCUGCUCCAAUUAUACAAAGCAACAUGUUGUCUUCUUAA